AUGUUGACGAAGCCGAAGAGUGUCAAAAUCCGCAGCUUGGGUAGUGAUCGCAAAUACGGGGUGGCGGGGAGAAGCCUGAAAGAAGUGCUGUCUAAAGCCUGCGUCUUUCUCCAGCUUCCUGUUUCCGACUGCCGACUGUGUUUGUAUGAGGAUGGCACGGAGGUGACAGAAAGUUAUUUCCGUAAUGUUCCAGAUAACACCGAGCUUAUCUUGUUAGCUCAAGGCGAGAUCUGGCACGGCUACGUGAGUGAGAUCCAGCGCUUUCUCAGGGCCUCUUCCAGCCAGACAGAUGAUAUCAUUCAUGCGGCGCAGGGGCUGCUCUCCGAGGAGAAAGCCCCCAAGUGGCGGAAGCUGCUAGCGGAUCUCAUUCAGAACCUCAGUGAGAAUAUUUCUGCCGAAAGCAGAGAGGAGGAUGAGAAGUGGUUUGAAGGGAUUGAAUCUCGCUUUAAGACAAAAUCCAGUUACAUGCGCUACAGCUGCGAGAGCAGAAUCCGAGGCUACUUGAAAGAGGUUACCAGUUAUGCCUCUGCUGUCCAUCCGGCUGCCCAAGCCAAGUAUAAAACGCUCGUGGAAGCAAUGGUUGAGAAACUGAAGUCAGAGAGAUACAACGGCUGUUAUUUCGACAGGAGGGAAGACGAGAAGGUGUGUCUUUGCACAACAGAGGGCUGGUUUUCCUGUCAAGGCCCUUUUGACAACGAAAGCUGCCCUUGCAGACACUCAAUCAAUCCCUACGGAAACCGGGAAAACAGGAUCCUCUUCAGCACCUGGAACCUCGAUCAUGUAAUCGAAAAGAAACGGACUAUCCUCCCGACAUUAGCUGAAGCCAUCUCAGCCCGUGACAGAAAGGAAGUCAGCUGGGAAUACUUCUACCAGUUGUUGUUCACCGUCGAAAACUUGAAACUUGUGCACAUUGCCUGCCACAAGAAAGCCAACCAUAACCUUAGUUGUGACAAAACCAAGAUCUACCGAAAACGAAGGCACCUCCGCAAGAUCCCAGAGAAACGCAUUCUGAAAGUAGUUUGCCAUAAGCCUGUUGCCUAAGCCCGAGGACAGAACAUUUUCAGAGCUGUAGGGUCAAUGGGAACCACUUAUUUCUGCUGUGUUCUUCGCUUGUCUGUGUUAAUGACUCUUGUGAGUGCCUAUUGGCUAGUGCCUGUGACAUUUCUCAGACAUUUAGCACACGUUAACAUCGAAUAUGCUGAGCAGUUUGCCAACUGAUUUUGGUUUUAAGGCAAAGGAAAACUGCAUAUUAUCUCCAAAAAUCUUUUUGUCGUCUGGUGAGGGGAGGCGGUCAUCUCAGCACCAAGUGGAAGAUCAGAAGUAAGUAACAAGAUAGACUUGUGCUCUUCAUUACCUUUUCCAAAACCCAGGUGGAGAAGGAAGAUCCUGCCUUUCACCAGACUGCUUUGUAUGAGCUAGUGGACCUGGGAGGAGAGAGGAGCUUCUGCAGCAGGCAAAAUGAAAGUCCCUUCCCCGCUGCUUAAGGGGGAGAGGGUACUAUUGGCAACCACAUUUGUCGAUUUUUUUGCAUACACCUAAAAAUGUAUGAAUGAGAGAAAUGUGCUUGGAAGCAGGUUCUUUCUUGAAUGCAUUCAUCAGAGCCAGGACUGGUAGCAGCUAGGAGGCAGGGGUCUGAGCUCAGCGACAGACCAGAUGAGAUUCCUGUUCAGCUCUCUGCUCACUUGGGAGCCAGCGUGCUGUAGGGGUUAGAGGGCCAGAGGGGGAUCUGGGAGAUCUAGGUUCGAUACCCCACUUGUGCCGUGGAA